GAGUAUUGGUAGGUACUUAUAUAAGAUAAUUAUAUAAUAAACAAAAAAAAAUCGGGAAAAAAGUGGUAUUGCGUACUGGAAAAUUACUUUUAAAAAAAUCACACCCUGGUUGUCGUAAGUACGAUGAGAUUAUAUUACCUAUACUAGUAUUAUAAUACGUCAUAAUAAUUACAAUAUCAUAAGUUCAUAACUAAUAAUGGUACUAAUCAUAAAUAUAAUAAUCACAAAUUAUUUAUUAUAUUUGAACAAUAAACAUUAUUUGUUUCCUUUUUAGAUUUUAAUUCAGCACAUUAUUAUAAUGACUUCUACUACAAGUUUAGACAAAUUUUACGAAGAUUCAAUCUGUUAAUAAUUUAAUAGCAAGACAAAUAGGUCAGCUACACUAUUACUACCAACCUAUGGAAUUAUGCGAUGCGUUGCGACGGUGGAAAAGACGAUCAUUCUCUGUACCCCGAUGACCCGAAAAUUCAAGCACAGGUCAACCAAAGACUGCAUUUCGACAACGGCACCCUGUAUCUGGCUUAUAAACGUCAAUACAUCCCGUGGAUUUACAAUAGAAUAGCGAAAACCGAAGAUAGAGAAAAAAAUAUCCACGAAGCGCUCGAGUUUUUAGAAAAUGUUCUGAAAAAAUCUCCUUGGACAGCCGGUGAUUCAAUGACUGUGGCCGAUUUCGCUUUGGUCGCUUCCAUUUCGACCUUUCAGGUUUCCGGUGUUGACUUGAAUAGUUACAACAAUAUAAAUAAAUGGCUUAUAAAGUGCGCGAAUACAAUGAAUGGAUACAAAACCGCUAAUCAAAUGGGAGUGGAUUUAACCAUAUCUCUGUUAAAUAAUUUGGAAGAAUUUGAUGAUUUAAACCAAACGCAUAGUCUAUAAUUAUUAUAAUAUACGUUUAUAACUACCAAAUUUUGGUAUCGUGUUUUAAUUACAACUUUUUUUCUUUGUUAUCACUAUUCAAUUGUAUAAUAUAAUAUUAAUUAUUACUUUUUACAAAUUUUAAAUUAUAAAGAUAAUUUCAUUUG